AUGGCAUCCGAAUCCGUUAUCAAGAAAAUCGUGUGGUAUGGAGUGACUCGCCUUGGUGGCCAAAUCCUGCCGCGCAUUGUUGCGACUAAGAAGUAUGAUGUUACUUUUAUUGGCCGCAAAGACCCGUCCGAAUACAAAAACGUGCCUGAGGGGGUUCCCAUUGUGCAGGUCGAUCUAAAGGAUCACAAAGGUCUGGUCAAGGUGUUGACUGGCGCUGAUGCCGUGGUCGUGUUCACGCAAUUUGGUCCAGGAGGAGACCUCGACAUCGUUCAUAUCGCCCUCAUCAAUGCAGCCAUUGAGGCUGGGGUGAAGCUAUUCGUGCCAUCAGAAUGGGCGCCUGACACUGCAGGUGGAAAUGCAGCCACGGUUUCGAGAAUGGGGCCUAACACUCUGCCUCCUAACCCAGUCAUUGCACCAAAGAGAGUGGCACACAACUACUUGCUGGCCAGGUCUUCUGAAGGCAAGAUUGACUUUGUAUCCCUGCAUGUUGGAAAUCUCUUGUUGAACAUAUCCGCCUUUGCGCCAAUGGACCUGAACAAACGCACUGCCUCACUGGGUGAUGGUGGUUACGGCCUAAUCUCUAUAUCCAGUCUUGACACACUUUUCCAAGGUCUGGACAGCCUGUUAACCAAAUAUCCAAAGUUUAAGAACGGCUUCUUCUACAUCUGCGACGGUGAAACUACCUUGCAGCAGAUUGUCAAAAGCUUCCAGGACGCUUCCGAGUCCAAGGAACCGUGGGAGAUCACAUCGUUCUCAAUCGCCGACAGAAAGAAGGCCGCGGAUGAGAAUAUGCGAAACGGCAUAUUUACUUGGAAAGAGUUUGCGGCUGUUUUGACAUAUCCGUUUACAGGCGGUUUGACUGUAUGGAAGAACCCAGAUAACGAAAGGUUGGGACUGCCGCUACCAAGCGAUGAGAGGGCGCAGAAGAUUGUCGAUGAUCUUGUUCAACGGUCUUUGGCAAGAGGAUAUAUUAUCUAA